AUGUCGUACUACUUCGUCAUCAUCGGGACGCAGGACAACCCGCUGUUCGAGCACGAGUUCGGCACGUCCAAGCAGGGCGGCGACGGCCAGUCGCGGUUCAGCGACGAGGCCCGCCACAUGAACCAGUUCAUCGCCCACUCGAGCCUGGACAUUGUCGAGGAGGUGCAGUGGGGGACCGGACAGAUGUAUCUCAAGCACGUGGACCGGUUCUUCAACUCGUACAUGUCGUGCUUCAUCACGCCGAGCAACGCCAAGUUCCUGCUGCUGCACCAGCCGAUCCUGCCGAACUCGGGCUCGUCGUCGUCGGGGGCGGCGGCGGGGGCGGCGGCCGUGUCGUCGUCGCGGGCCUCGACCAGCAUCGCCGCCAACCCGACCAGCCCGCAGACCGAGGAGGCCGUGCGCAGCUUCUUCGUCGAGGUCUACGAGAACUGGGUCAAGGCCACCAUGAGCCCCUUCUACCGCGUCAACAUGGAGGUCACCAGCCCCGUCUUCCGCCAGCGCGUCGCCGCCGCCGGCCGCAAGUACUUGUAG